UGACAAUUCGCUAUCACCGGGAGGUAAAAUUUGUGAGUAAUACGGAAGUAGUCAAGACGUGUAUCGAGCGCCAUCCGAAGCAGAAAGAUGAAGUGGUGCAAUCCCGGUGAUCCGAGUCCUUGACACCAGAUUAGACUCAAGGUUUUUUGAGAGAUUGACCCAAUUUUACGCACCGCCUAUCCGACAACUCUGAGUUUGACCACAUCAUAAGUGGAAGAAAUGAGGUGUUUAAGGGCCAAUCAACUAUAAAGACAUUCGACCCGAGUAUUUUCCCCGUUUCCUUCUGCAUCCCUAAUUAUUGUUUUUCGGGAACAGUCACUCUUUUAUCCACCCAAUCCUAGGAUCUGUCAUUUUUUGCAGAUAUGAGAUUCAAACAGUUCACAUCGCCAGCUUUGGCCUUCUUGGUCGGCUCCGUUGCUGCACAGCCAACCACUUAUGAAGAUGACGGGUGCCCAGCGCCUCCAAUUGUCCCUUCCUCAACUCCAUCAUCGUUGAAGCCAGCACCAACAUCAGCAUCAAAUCAAGUUGUCCUUGACGUCGACCUUGUCGUCAUUGGUGGUGGUAGCGCUGGAAUCCAUGCUGCAAUUCAGCUCAAGGACGCCGGCGCCAAAGUCGCAGUGAUUGAGAAGAAGAAGCAGAUUGGUGGCCAUGCUGAAACUUUCUACCCACCUAACAGCGCGCCUAUCAAUGUCGGGGUAGUGGUCUUCGAGAAUAGAACUGCUGUCACCGACUACUUUGCUCGUCUUAAUGUUAGCACUGCUGCCAUCGACGUGGCCUCAGUGACACCUGCAACCCCCAACUAUGACUUCGCAUUGGGCUUCCCCAUUCCUGCACAAAACGCGUCGGCCACCCAAGCGCAAAACCAAGCCAUCGCAGCUGCAGCUCAGAGCUAUACCACUAAUGUGCUGGCGAAGUACCCUUGGAUUGAUGCCGGCUUCCUCGUCCCUGAUCCAGUUCCGGAAGAGCUUCUCUUGCCUUUUGGGGAACUUGCAAAGAAGUACAGUUUUGAGGCCCUCCUCUCAAUCAUUUCGAGUUUCAAUUGGUACACAGGCGAUAUCUCAACUAUACCAGCAUUGUACGGUAUCAAGGGACUCGGUCCCGGACUUCUCCAAAGCGUCUUCGGUAAGUUCAUCGUUGCAGCUUCAGGGGACACACGAACCCUGUAUGAAGCUGCUGCGAAGCACUUAGGAGAUGGUAUAUUGUUGGAUUCGACAAUAUUAUCAGUCAGACGAACAGAAAAGACUGGAAAGCCAGUUGUCAUUCUUGUCAGCCAACCAGGCCAGCCACAAAAGCUCAUCCGCGCCAAGAAGCUCCUCGUUGCCAUCCCCCAGACACUGAGCAACAUUGGCAAAUUCGACAUCUCAGGAGACGAGAGAGAUAUCUUCUCCAAGUUCUCUCCUUUGGGAUACUGGGCUGCGGUUGCCACUGUCCCAAAGCUAAACAACACCGUCCGCAACGUUGGCGUCCAGACUCCCUAUAACCAGCCCGUCAUUCCGGGUCCAGCAGCCAUCCAGGCAACAGUCGCACCUGGCUAUUUCACCACUUUAAUCGGUUACAACGACCUGAACUACACUGACGCAUCCAGUGAAGCUUUGAUCCGUAAGAAUUUGGGGACACUUGCCGCUGUUGGAGGCGUUCCUCCUGGAUCCGCAGAAGCGACAAAGUUCGUUUUUACUUCGGACCAUGGACCUUACGCCUUACGUGUCUCGACGAAAGAUAUCAAGAAUGGCUUCUACAAGAAGCUUCUUGCUGCUCAGGGAAAGAGAAACACUUACUGGUCUGGUGCUGCGUUUGCUGGACACAAUAGUGCUUUGGUUUGGAACUUCAAUCUUGGCACGAUCGUGCCGGGGCUGAAGAAAGAUCUUGGACUGUAGGUUCCAGAAGAACCUCGGAUUGUGAGACGAUUUGGAAAACGGAAUUAGCAUCCCCUCACGUCAAACUAGGACAUCUCGUUAGUCUAUUCUUCUUCAAGCUCUAAUAUUAG